AUGCCGUUUUGUGUGUUGAUUUUUUCUUUCCUUCUGACUUACACUUUUAUGAUUCCGCUACCUGUUUCUCCCACUUCCGUCGAUCAGCUGCGCCAUUCCCGUAUCGGUGCCCGAUCCGUUGUAUUCCACGCUGCGUGUAUACCCGAAAACAACCAGCCCAAGGGGUCCAACCUUAUUCAAAGCACGAAAGCCCAUCAGGUGUUUUCGUUCCUAACUCUUCACAAAGGGUCAGCGGCCCUCCAAUGUCGAAAGAUCGGUGGGCGCACACCCGGGGCAUCAACCCAACGAUGCACUGACGGGUUCACCUCUUCGUGGUUCAUUACUUCCCAUGAGACGCCUCCGCGUGAAACAGUUGCAACAGCGGUAGCAGCAGCAGCGGCAGCAGCAGCUGCUUCUGCUGGACCGCCCCGACCAAAUGUUGCAGAAUCAGUAGCACCAGAAGCAGCAGCAGCAGGGGGAACCGUGCCAUUCAGUGCCGGUCUGCCGGAUAUUGUGUUGCCCCCAACAAGUUCUGUUGCCCCCUUGAUUGACCUGGAGCUCUGCUCCGACAGUUUCUUGUCAUUGCUGGGCCCCAACCUCCAACAUCAGCAGCAGCAGCACUGGCAGCAGCAGCAAGAGCAGGGUUUGUCUCGAGCAGCUCCUCCUGGAGGCGCGAUAAGCUUCUUCGACGACCGGGAACAGAUGCACCCCGCCCUCUCUGGCGCUUCUGAUGAUGCCUAUUUCAUUGCCCUUCACGGGCCGUUGCUGCUCUCCCACACUGAGACUGCAUACACAGCGCUGAGCGCAGCCAAGAGGUUCCUCGAGUACAAGCGCGUGCAAAAGAGGCGCAUGCAGCAGCAGCAGGAGGAACAUCAGAAACAGCAGCAGCAGCAGGAUGUGACGGAGUAUUUACAUGAGCUGCUGCAGCAGGAGCGAUUUGACCAGGCCCCCUACUGGUUCCGGGAGCGGGUUGGUUACAUGCUGAAAUUUUGUGACCCUCCGUCUUACGGGUGGUUGGUGGCCCAAGCUCUGCAGUGUCUGUACAGCGUAUCUGCAGCGGAGCAGCAGCUGGGGUGUACACUGGACCAGUACGCGGUGGCGCGUGAGGCCUCGUACAUCCGCAAAGCCGCAGCAAUGGACCCUGCGCAGCGUGCGCUGCAGCUGACCAGUGGUCAGCCGCGAUCCCUCAAGGACAGCCUCAAGUUCAAAAGAGGCUUUCCUGUUUUCCCAUGGGCUGUCUGUACCCACAGAAACGAAACUAGGAGGUUCAUUGAAGAUACACUAAAAACAACAGAGGAACGGCUGACACAGCACUUCUUUGCUGCUCGGAGAUCAUCUCAAGGUUCUUGGCUAACCUCUGCCCGCUUCCGCUUGCCUUUGGAUGAAAUAUAUGCAAUAGACAACGCACAGCAGCAGCGGGUCCAGGGUCAAAAAGAAGAACACACCGCAGAUUUAAAGGAACAGCAAGCCGAAGACGAAGAGCAAAUGGAAGAGGCUGACAGGCUGCUGCUGUUUGAGGGCAUCAACUCAGCCGCCGUCAAAAGCAUAGACGCAAUAAGCGGGAGUUGGCAGCGUCCAGUGUACAUCCUCUCUCCACUUGAGCGGGCACGCUACGUUCGCGAUCUUUUAUUUUCUUUUGGGGUGUCUGCUGAGGCUUUAAGACGCAUCCAUAUACUUGGGACCGAUGGAUUUCUAAUGGGCUUCGAGGACGACAUCAGGGAGGCGCCGCCAGAUGUACAUACAGCUCAGAUUGAGCCAGCAGAGACAGAAUCACGCACAGAAACAGCAGGUGCUGCUGCUGCUAUAGACGAAAGCAGGAAGCUAAUGCGCAUGGUCAGGGGGGCGGUUCAACUAUUUGAAUAUCAUAAAUCCUUGGGACUUAAUGGGGUUCCUCAUUUCAUUGACGGGAAUAUCCGCACGCUAGAACAUGCUGUGAACUGCCCCAGCAUGCACCAGUGGCGUCUAUACUUCUGCGAUUGGGGCUUUUCAACUUUUGAAGAUAAAUUAAAAGCGAUGAUAUACGACAGGGUAAAGUUCCUGCCGCUGAUGUCGUCUCUGACUCGUUUACUAAUUACUCCUUCUUUCCUCACGUGUCGCUUUUGGGCGCUAGGCUCCACCACAGCACCAGCAGAAAAGCUUGAGGAGGGCAGAAUGGCUAGGUGGCUCAGGCAUACGGGGGCCCUCAAGACAGACCUUGUGCAUCCCGAAUCCAGGGUUUAG